AUGGACGAUCCGAAUUCCACCGACUCGAUCACGCCGUUACCAGCACUGUAUCGACGAUGUCAGACCGCGAUGCUAGUCCUCGGGAUGAUCUCCCUCGUGACGACCAGCCUGCUCUUUUUCCACAUCACCUACCGGCUCAUCAUCUGGAAGAUCAAUGAUGCCCGGCCCCAUCGAGCCACCGACUCGACCAGUGGGGCACAGGUUGACUUGAGUCUCGGGUUGUCUGAAGCCCAGUACUUCCAGACGAGACAGAAGCAAACCGGUGGCGAUGCUGCAGCAACAACGUCGACACAAACACCAGCACCCCAUGACCAUCUGGCGAGGAGAGAUACAGCACAGAGUGUGAUAUCACGACGCCAAAAGCCGCCCAAUCCUCUCUUGCUGCUAAUCUAUAACCUUCUCUUCUCCGACAUAGCGCUCUCCGCAACAUAUGUAAAUAAUGCCGUCUGGCUCCACAGGGAUAUGGUAGAAGUCGGAUCUACAACCUGCCACGCCCAGGGCUGGAUCGUUAGCUUCGGCUGUCUAGCAACCAGUGGGUUUCUCUUCACGAUAUCAAUCUUCAGCUAUCUCGGCAUUAUCCGUGGCCACAAACCGACUACUCGGGUGGUGGUCGCGGCAUGCGCCGCCGUCUGGGUCCUUUCCGUGUUCCUUGCGAGCCUGGGGCUACUUUUCAUUAAUGUGGAUGAUUACUACAAGAGGCAAGUCCUCUGGUGCUGGAUCGGCGAGGAGCAUCGACUCUGGAGACUGUCAAUCUAUGUUUCGGGAUUCACUUGUAUGUCUGGGACGUGCUUUCUCUAUUCCAUAAUAUUCUACCGCCUCUGGCGCGAAAAUCGGUCGUCACGAUUCAUGCCUCGCCGUCCCGAUUCGGUCACUUCAAGCUCACGGGCCAGAGCCGACGACAGCACACCGUUGCGCCCUUCGGGUCACCAUCCCGCGUUCCUUGUGUACCCUUGCAUCUACACCUUCACUGGGACGCCACUCAUCCUCGGGUCUCUAAUCCCAACUCUCGAAAGGCUCCCAGUGUUUAUGGGUAUAUCAGGAGCCCUGCUCGCCGCGACCGGUCUUCUCGACUCCAUCUUGUGGUCUUAUAUCAUUGUUUUCAGCGAUAAGGCAGACAUCCGUAACACGGGUCUCGAUCAAUUCACCUUCAUGCGGACACCGGAAGGGCGUAAUCUCGGCAACAUCGUGUAUGUGCAGGGAGGGCAGGACAAGUGGAAGAGGCAGUCGUGGCACUCCAAGAAGGACAAGGGCUGGUGGAGACUGGGCGAUCGCAACAGCAGCCAGCCGUCGCUCCCGUCGCAACAACCUCAGUCUGAUGGCGGGAUACAGAUGGACAUUGUUACGACGGUCGUGGUGGAUGACUCGAGUGUGGAUCCGUCGAGUCGCCAGUCAAGAGACAGGGGCUAUUCCACGGACAUUUCUUCGAGCCCGUCUCAUGUGAAGUAA